CAGUAUCCCGGCAUCUGCCGUAGAGCGAGGACGUGGAGUUUGUGUCGUAUGAUUUCGCGAUCGCGAGUGUGUCACGUUACGAUGUCGAGUGGUGAAUUUAAAUUCGAUGUGUGAGAAGUGAGUGAAAAACUUCAGUGAUUUUUAGUUUUGAUCUCGUGUCAGCGAGGCCAGAGCUCAGAACAACGAGGCCAGGCAGGCUCUUCAUUAAAAUGUUGACAAUGCGGCGCCUCCUCGUGACGCUGAUAGCCAUCGCCGCCGACAUCUACGCUCAAGACUCGCCCAGGGAACAUCAGGGACCACAGAUUUGCGGGGGCCGGCUCCGAGGACCCACGGGCGUGAUACAGACACCCAAUUUCCCCAACCCGUUUCCCGUGCCGAUAAAGUGCCGUUGGAUUAUCGAGCACGACAUCGCGAACGGAACUAUUUCGAUAUAUUUCACUCAACAAUACACGACUAGUGGAUUAACCUUCACUGAAUACAUGUAUUAUGAUGAAUCGUAUAAGCUGGGCGAGAGGCGGGCUCUAACUGUGACCGAGGACAGCAUCACAAGAGUUAAAUGGCUGCAGGUACAAAGUCCUGUGCUGGUCGUCGAGUUAUCGCUGGAUCGACUUGAAGGCACUCAGCUGCGAGCGUUGGGUCUUCUCUCGGUAUUUGGAUUCAACGUGACGUACUCUGUGAGGGGACCGACUGAUUCCGCAGGACCUGCUUCGUGCAGUGCUAUAGAAUGCCGACUACUAGGUCAUUGUUACGCCAGCCAAGAUUACCAGAAGUUUUACUGCUCUUGCUUCGAGGGUUACUCGGGCGUGGACUGCGGCGUGGGCCCUCUGUGUCCGCGGACCUCGAAUAUGUGCAAAAACGGCGGCACCUGCAGACAAAUGGGCCCCGCCGCCGUGAGCUGCAUAUGCGCCCCUGGAUAUACAGGAGAUUUCUGUGAAUCACAAAUAGAAUCACCAGAAUGCGAUAUAGAAGAGUGCGCCGAAGGUUGUAAGGGUGGGGCCUGCGAUUGUAAUCCAAGAGAUACGGACGCCGUGUCGGCACGCUUCGAAACGAGACUGCUAGUAAUGGACCAACCAAAUAUUAACAUAUCACAGGAAAUCGUGGAACAGAUUACAAAUUAUCUUAAAUCUUCGAACAUUACAUUGGAAGAUAAUAUUGAAAUUUUGAAUAUAAGCUCAGUGGAUACGAACCACGCUAGGACAGUGUGGCUUCGGAUGUGGGCCGCCAGACGUGACGCAGGAACCUUGAGGACGGUGCUAGCUAGACUGGCGGCAAUGAGGACUCGUACUGACAGGCUCCGCUUGCUCCCCGCUACCCUGCACUUCGAUAUGCAACCAGCGCUCAACCUACACGCAUUAAUCGUAAAUCAACGUCCGGAAGUCUGGGAGGGUUCAGAGUUCAUUCUGAGCUGCAUGGCUUACGGAUCUCCACAUAUCGCCUUCACUUGGUACAAAGAUGGAGUCAAAAUCAAUUUUAAUGGAACAACAAGAGAAAUCUGGACUAGGACAGUCUCAGAAGACGCCCUCGGUCGUCGUAUGUCGGUACUCGGAGUAGCUGAAGCCAAAAGACUGGACGGCGGCAAGUGGUCCUGCACCGCUGAUGACGCCGGCAGAAGACGUUGCAGAGCCCUAAUGCUGGCAGUCCUGAGACCACCGAAUAUACGGCUUGUACCUUCCACUUUAACAGUAAACAAGGGAGAAAACGUGAGCAUCACGUGUUUGGCAGGAGCAAGUAGAAUGCACGGUGCUUUGGGGUUCAGUUGGGCUCGAGAACGCGGUCUUUUACCUCUGAAUCCAGGUCGAGAAGUGUGGGAAGACUUGUACCCUGCUGGAAGUGUGUUGAAAUUGUAUAACGUUCAGAAAUCUGGUGAAUUCCGUUGCCAAGUAUCUUCAAUAGCCGGUACUAACUCUAAGGGAGUAACAAUGUGGGCUCUUGGAACUAAAGACGAGGCUUGUGAAAGUGACGCUUCGCAUGGUCUCCGAUGGCCGAAAACUGCCCCUGGUGCUCAUGCCUCAGCGUCUUGCCCUCCUGGACACACUGGAGAAACUACUAGAUUCUGCGAACCGAAAACGACCCAGCACGGUGUUAAAUGGAAGCUACCAGAUUUCUCCGGAUGCGUCGCGGAUUCAUUAAACGACAUUUACGAGCAAUUCACUCACAUCUACUUUGGGUAUUCCUGGAAUAACGUAUCGAACGUAGCCCGUCAGUAUGGAGCGGUCCUUCGCUCCCUACCAUCACAUCCAGGCGAAGGGACGCUUCCCCUCCACCAGACAAAAGAAAUGCUGCACUAUUUGUUAUCUUCCGCUGGACGACCGGCAGACAGAAUGCAAAGUGCUGAGCAUCUUCUCAAGAUAUACGACACUUUGCUCAAGCAUCCUGAUGCCUUUUUGGAUGAAGAGAAAGUCUACGAUCUUCAAAACUCGAUAGCAGAGACAGCCGGAAUGCGAACCAACCUCGACACACAUUUCCACGAGUUUACAGUCAAAACGAAACCAGCGAGAGAAGACAGUGCUGCACAUUUUGAUCUUCAGUCAGGUCCUAUUGGAUCUGAGGAGUGGAUGCUGACGUCAGCCGGCACUGAAUUACUCGCUAGAACGGGAAACGCUACCGUUGUUGCAGUAUUGUAUCACAAUUUGGGAACAAGAUUACCUUCUUUAAGGCGAUCUGUAGAGUAUAACCAGUCGUCUUCUAGGAGCGGUCGUGAAAUGGAGUAUCUGGUGUCAUCCCAACAGAUCCAAUUGUACGCCACUGGUCCCGGAGUCGACAAUAGCUUACAACAUACGGUGAACCUAUUAUUCACUCAUGUCAAGAACUAUAGCGCUGUUGCAUCAAAACUCGCCUGUGGUCUUCGCACUCCGUCUGACCCAAGAACAUGGAUCACCAAAGCUUGUGAAGUGAAAGUUCCUGAAGCAACGCACGUGGCUUGCAAAUGUCGAGGGCUUGGUACAUAUGCACUAUUCACGAUAGCCAGAUCUACGUUGACCGAGGCAGAAAAGGACCUGCGCGGUAUUGUGAAGAUAACGGUCAGUCUGGGAGGAGCGAUGUGCUUAGCUGCAGCAGCUUUGCAACUGCUGGCACUGAUUGCUGGGACUAAGGCGAAGCUACCUGUACUACUGAAAGCUGCGACUGCGGGGACUCACUCAGCUGCGAUGCUGACCCUGCUAGAGUGUGACACAAGACAGGAUGAAGCGUGUCCGGGUACUCUGGGAUGGGUGUGCGCGGCGUGCUGGUGCGCGGGGUGCGCGGCGCUUUGUGCGCAGCCACUACUGCUGCAGGCCGAGCUCGCUGGUAGAGCUCAGAAGGCACCGUCUGUCGGACUACUUGCCGGUGUGUGCACAUUGUCGUGGCUGACGGCACGGAUAUGGGGCGGCGCGCCCCUGCAAGUGGGGGCGGGUGCGGCCGCAGUGUGCGCGGCAGGAUGCGCGCUACUCGCCUCUCUCUGCUUGGCGCUAGCACUGUGCGCCGCUGCGAGACUGCGAGCCAUCUCACACAAGGUCCCCGCUGAUAGGAGAAGCUAUAUCAAUGACAGAGGGCGCGUCGUUCGUCACACAUUAAUACUUCUAGUGUCAACAUCGGCAGCUCAAGCAGCGGGUGUGGCUUACGCACAGCCCGGGGAACGGACUGUGGCGCACGUCGCCGCGCUAUCCAUCGCAGCCCUGGCCAACGGUAUAGCGAUGCUGGCUUGCUACGUGAUAAGAGAUGAAGAGUGUCUGCGUUCAGUCCGAAAAGUCCUGACACUGACUCCGGCUCGAGACUGGAGAGAUGAACCCACCGGAGAUACCUCGCUGAGUUUAUACAUAAAACAAGGAGGUGAAGUUGAGAGUCGCGGCGGCGUCGGCAUAUUUGAAAGCACAUCGUCACCGGUUUCACCAAUUUCCUCAUACUGGCGAGCUCCUGGACUUGAAAGCCCUACUAGAUUACACAGGCGUCAAUCGACUCCAGACAGUCGUGCCGACAUCGUCCGUUGUGUAGAAUAUAAGUGUCCAGUGAGAGGGCCAUCGGGUGGACAAGCUGUCUGCGACCUCAUCCCUCGCGGCGAGUACGACGCACGUGUGUGUCUAGAGCUCGGUGUGAUGCGCCCUCCACCGCCCCCCACCCUCCUCACCUGCUCCCUCGACAUCGAACCCAACAAGCGAAUCGUCCACCCCACCGACACGUGCACCAUUUGCGUCCACUCCAAUCCGGACGUCUCUAAAAUUCCCUCGCCUCCAAUCAAAAGCUGCCUCAAAAAAAAUAAGAAUCUAUCUUCGAGCUCCUCCCUGCCAUCCAUCGAGGCCAGCAAAUCCGAUAUCGACCAGAUCAACAGAGAAUGGAAGAAAGCCUACGAUUCCCCGGAAACUGAUAAAAUGCUCAACAAAAUCUCGAGCGAUCUGGAUUUUCUAUUGAAUAGGAAUCAAGAGAGCAAAGCCGCUCUCGACCAAAUAGAAGAGGCUCCGACUUAGUGUCCAUCUGAGGCUUAGUUUAGUCUAAGGAAACGAAUAAAAUGGAAACAGGGGUGCGUUACGCCAGAUAGUUAAUUGUAAAUAGUUAAACAUUGUAUCCAGAUAUAGGUAUAAACGUUUUAAUCUAUGUAUGAUUGUAACGUGUUUUAUGUGGGCAUUAAAUAAGAAUGAUUUUAUUUAUCCAAUUCUAAAAAAAGACUAAUGGAACAGAGAGUCGAUAAGUUUAAAGGAUAUAUAUUUUUAAAGGUAUUUAAACAUUGACGGAUCUAAAGUGUUUCUAAAUGCCCUAGAAAACUAAUGUCCCGCUAAUGUUCCGAUAUUAAUAAAUUUUCUAUUUUAGUUUGAUCAGAGCACAUACUUACAGACUUACAUACAAUUCUGUGUUAUAUGGAUGACAUAACUCACAUCGUGAUGUGGUUUUUGGUAAUAAUUACAAGGAGGUAUACAGUGAGUUAGUUCAGCCAUCUAGUGCACUAAACAUACUUUCAAUUUAUAGGCACAUAAAACUUUGUACUAAUUUGACCGGGACUCGAAAACGUCCACAUAAAAUGUAACGUAAGUAACUAUAAGAAAUCUUUACGUAUACUAGUCAAUGUACUUAAAAUGUACAAUACAUAACUUAGGAUAGCAUUACGAUCAUUAUCGACGGUAUAUUCUGAUGGAAUGACACUUUAAUAGUAAAUUUCAUAAAGAAUUGUCAUAAUAUUUGUUUUAAUUAUUUUUCUCGAUAUGCAAUUGAUAUCUAUGUAGUUUUAAGUUAGCAACAAUCUGUGUGCUUAGUGCGAGUUUUGUAACGUUCUCGAUAGCGAGCCAGUUUGCUCAAAUUUGUAUGCAAUUGGAACAGCGCCCCUAGCGGCAAACGUACCCGGUGUUAUUUUGUGAGUGCGAGUUCAUAUUAACGUUGUGAUCUCGUAACCGAGUAAUUUUACCGAAAUGAGUACCACGAAUGACAUUUGUGCGAGUGCGUGUUGCAAAUUAGUGGAUUUUAACGUUUCGAUCGAGUAUUUCUUUAGUAGUUCUAUUUUUCAAACUAGAGAGGCAAAAGUAUCAUGCCAUAGAGCCUAACCUUUUUUUUAUGAAAAAUGAUAAUAUGGAGUGAAAUGGAUUUGAUUAAUUUGAAACAUUAAUCAAUUGGCAUGGGAAUGAAAUGAAAUGAGAUCAGAUAAUAUGGGAUAAAAUAUAAUCUCAGUAAAAUGCUGAUUAUUUACUGAGAUUCACCUCUACUAAUACAAACGUUUUUCAAAAUUAGUUUCUCUUUUCCGUUUGUGUUCACGAUUUUAACUGAUUCUAGAAUAAAAACUAUAAUCACAUACAAAUCUAAUUCAAUAAAGACUAAAUUUACUCCGGAUUCAGUGAGACUUACACAAACCCUGAUUUACUAUUAGAAGUAAAAUUAAGAAAGACUAAAACAAUAGGCCCAAUAGCAUUAGGCUACUAUAUUCGAUAAACAAUUGAACAACGAAAUGUAUAGAGUUUUUAGUGUUUAAUUUUUAUUCGACCAAUUGUUAUGAAGACUAAAUUUAGCGCAAUAUUUAACAUUUAAACUGGAAUAAUCGUUAAUGGAGUAUCUGACAGCAAACAGUGCACAUGCAGAGGCAGUUAAGGGUAUAUAUAGAUCAGAUUAAUAAUUGGCACAAUUAAAAUUUCAUUGUAAAAGUUGAAGAAACUAAGAAAACGCGUUGUUACAAUAUUUCGUAUUUGGGACUAAAUGUCUAGCAGUUGAUGACAAUUAUACUCUAUUCCAAUUACGAAGUCCCAUGAGACAGAUGUUAUUAUUAUGUUAUUGUGUGUGUGUGUGUGUGUGUGUGUAUUAAUUGUAUAAUGAUGUAGAAUGAUCGUGUCUUUUUUAAAUGAUAUUUACGACCAUGACCAAAAAAUGAUUUUUAUUUUAAUUAUAUAGAUUAUGCGAAACGUAAAGGGUUAGGUUCUAAGAAGUGUCAAAAUAGAUGAGGGAUUUUAUGACCUGGUAACUGAGACCUUUAAGUCAUGUCUUAUUUUAAUUUAUAUUCAUAUUUUAUGAAAAAUGAUAUUAAGGAGUGAAAUGAAAUGAAGAUGAUUAAUAUGAGACAUUAAUCAACUGGGAUGAAAUUAAAUGAAAUGAAAUGGGAUGAAAUAUAAUCUCAGUAAAAUGGUGGUCAUUUACUAAGAUUUUUUCAGUGGACUUUUUGGAGGAUCCUGAGAAGUUACGUCCAGCGGCUCUGUUUCAUUUUCCCACAUUUGUGCACUUUCACAGAUAUUAAACAGUUAAUAAACCACCAUUAUUACACAUUUAAACCCGAAGAAACACUAAAUAGACAAAAUAAAACAAAUCGCACAACUUCACUCCUCGCGUUCCCGCCAAAAAGUCCUGUCAAAAUAGACACUUCGUAAUUGUAAUAGAGUAAAGAACGGAUCUGCGGAUGCGUCAGCAUUUUAAUUUUCAAAAAAAAGGUACUUUAAAGUACUAUUUAUGUACACCUUGGGUUUUCUCAAUAUAGAUGUGGACGCGAACUAUUAAAUUUAAAAAAUUAUAAUGUGAUAGUAUUUUAAUAAACUGUUUUUUUUUUCAUGAACUAUUAAGUUUUAUUGUGUAGUGAUUUUUUGUAAAUUUUUGUGUUCGUUCCACUAUAUAGCUGUUUUGGAGAAAUUACGGUAUUAUUUCAUGUAUACGGUAUCAUUAAGUAUUUUGGAAGCUGUUAUUAAUUUUUAGUUUUUUUUUUUGUAAAAUAAUGAUAAUCAUCAAAGUACGCUAACAUUACAGUUUAUGACGAAACAUUAUUUUAAGCGUUUAAUACCUAUUUAUGUUUAAUAUCUUUCACAUCUUAGUUAUAAUGCAAACAAUAUGGCCGGUAUAUAUGUAUUUAAUAUCUAAUUAGCUUUCUUACAUGGAGUACUUAAAGAACUACAUACUAUCCUUAUGUAUGUACUUCCUUAGUAGUAAUAGUUCCAUUUUUCCAACAGGAACGCCCAAAGUAUCAUAUCAUACAGCCUAAUAUUUUUACCUAACUAAUAUACCUGUUUCAAGCUAAAUAUAAGAACUUGAUAUUUAAGACAGAAAAGAAAUACGUUGCUUGUUUUUAUCAAAUCUAAUUGUUUUUAAUAUUUUAUAUUUAUAUAAUUUUUAUAUUUUAGUAAUUUAUAUUGCGUUAAAGAUUGGGCUCAAAUAGCUUUCAAUGUUAUAAAUUUGAAUUCAAAAUUAUUAGAGGUUCUUUACAUUGUUAAGCAUUCGUAGACUCAUCAUGUAUUAGAUAAGAAAUGUGUAAAAAAUACUAUAUAAAUAAUAAUAAUAAUAAUAAUAAAUAUAAUAUGUAAAUAAAACUAAUUUAAGAAAAGUAAUCUAAGCGAAUUACGGUAUAUUUUUAUUUACAAAUACAUUUUUUUACCAAUGAUC